AUGAAGACGCAAGCAAAAACUGACACAAACGAUUAUGAUAUUACUGACCUUUUGAAUCAGCCAUCCAGGAUAUUGCCCCCCAUCCUACUGAUUUCGGUAUGUUUCAAAAUCAUCUUAAUGCCUACGUAUCGGUCCACUGACUUCGAUGUUCACCGCAACUGGCUUGCUGUCACACAUAAUCUGCCGCUGUCGGAAUGGUACUUUAAUGACGUCAACGGGACGACGGUGCACACCUUGGAUUAUCCACCCAUGUUUGCAUACUUUGAAGCGUUCCUAUCCAACAAUCCUUUGACUUCAAGAAUUGUACCUCUGGGAGAUCGAUGCCUGGAUCUGUUGCCAGAUUCGGAUAACACUCCUUCCGAAGAUUGUAUUGUCUUUCACCGAUGCACUGUCAUUGCGAGUGAUUUGAUAUUUUGGAUCGGCGCCUACAUGGCAUGCCGUUCCAUGUAUCAUGGAAAACCAUUGUAUCGAUCGUCCAUGGCUUUCUUGCUUAUAGUCUGGAAUCCCGGUAUGCUAUGGCUCGAUCAUAUUCACUUUCAAUACAAUGGAAUGUUGUUGGGAUUGUUUCUUGGAUCUCUUGGAUUGUUGAUGCAAGGCAACAAUCUUGGUCCCAAUAAGCGGGGGUAUCAUUUCUGUCAUUUAGGAGGAGCGAUACUGUACGCAUUCUUGCUGAACCUUAAGCACUUGUACUUGACGUUGGCGCCACUGUACUUUUGUUACUUAUUAAUGUCCUAUUGUCAAAUUGACGGAAAGGGAUUUCAAUUGAGAAACUUUGCCGCUUUGGCCAGUGUCACUGCCAUUUGCUUGCUGGCACCAUGGGUACCAUUUUUGCUGCAAGAAGAUCCUAAAGGUCAACUACUUCAAAUACUCGCCCGACUCUUUCCAUUUGGUCGAGGUUUGGUGCAUGACUACUGGGCCGCCAAUGUCUGGGCACUCUACUUGCUGGCCGACAAGGUAGUCAAAGUGGCUUCCCCUAGACUCCCUUGGAUUCCUAUUUCGCACCUUCCCGAACCCACUCCUUUGGUGUGUGCGGUACUUAUGUUUGUCUCGCAGCUACCAGCACUGAUAGUGGCAUCCACGCGGAGAUCCAAUGUCAAAUUGAUUCAGGCUGUAGUCUACUGCUCUCUCUGUUCCUUUAUGUUCGCUUGGCACGUGCACGAGAAAGCCAUCAUGACGGCGUUGAUCCCCUUGACACUGUUGGUGUGUCAGAAUGAUGAUCGAAACAACAAAGGCUACUCGCAUUCGCUCUUGUUUUGGCAAAUGUCCCUGUGGGGCCUUUUGGGUCUCUUUCCGCUCUUGUUUCGACCCGUCGAGUUGGGCUUCAAAGUAGUUUCGUAUGUUACCUUUAUGGCCCUGUGCGUUCAAUUCUCCAAGGAACGCUUUGGAAGCUUUCGAAAGCUCUGUUCCUUGUUGGUGGGAAUUGUGAUUAUUAUCUUGGAAGUCUUGCCAAUUCAAGGAAAAUGGGAAUUUCUUCCACUCAUGAUAACAUCUAUCAUCUGCGCCCUGGGUUUAGUAGCAUGCUGGAUUGUCAGCCUGGCACAGCUAUUGGCGGUGGAAGAUGAACGAAUAAAAGAUAAGAACAUAUAG